AUGAAGGAUGAAGAGGAAGGACUGAAGGAUGAAGAGGAAGGACUGAAGGAUGAAGAGGAAGGACUGAAGGAUGAAGAGGAAGGAGUGAAGGAUGAAGAGGAAGGACUGAAGGAUGAAGAGGAAGGACUGAAGGAUGAAGAGGAAGGAGAGAAGGAUGAAGAGGAAGGACUGAAGGAUGAAGAGGAAGGACUGAAGGAUGAAGAGGAAGGACUGAAGGAUGAAGAGGAAGGAAGACUGAAGGAUGAAGAGGAAGGAGUGAAGGAUGAAGAGGAAGGACUGAAGGAUGAAGAGGAAGAAGUGAAGGAUGAAGAGGAAGGACUGAAGGAUGAAGAGGAAGGACUGAAGGAUGAAGAGGAAGGACUGAAGGAUGAAGAGGAAGGAGAAGGAUGA